AUGCCUGAGAUGAGAAAAGUAACAACAGAGAAGUCCCUAAAACCAAAAGCAAAACUACACAUUUUCCAUGCUUUUUAUACUGUGGAAAUGGUGAGAGGAAAUGAAGAACUUUCGGAUGGGAACUUCAUUAGCAACUUGUUCACUCCACAAGAACCAAAAUCCAAAAGAACAGAAGUGAGGGAAACAGAAAUAGCACAGCACAGCAAACCGUAUCUUUGUAGGUCUCGAAUGAAAACGAGCAAUUUAUUGUUACGAUGUGGGUUACUCAGAAAACUCAAUGUGAACUUGUAA